AUGACGAGGGGUAAACACGGUCUAGAGGACGACGGUUUUGGCAAUUUGGUAGCGUGGAAGCGUCUGAAGCCAACGUCCAUCAGCCCCGGAGGUGGUGGUGGUGAGCGUGAGCACGACUACAACGAUGCAUACCGGCAGCCUCAGAGAGAGAGCCGCGGCCAGGAGCCUGUCGAUGGUCUCCAGAACGGUGAGCUCUUCUCACCAAACCAAGCUCAGGCUGCAGUAAACAUCCUUCACCCGUCGUCACAGUCUCAGUCCUUUCCUCGCCCGGGACCUCAAACAGCUCAGGCUGAAGACGAAGAARCAGCACAAAACCAGCAUCCACAUCAUCUACACACCUUCAAUGCAGAUCGUACUCCUCGUCAGCGAUCGGACAGCACGCCCAAACGACAUAUCAAACCGGCGGUAUACUCAAAUCACACUGCAGACUAUCAAGUCGACGCCCUAGAGGUCGAAAAGAUCCUGAAGGAAGCAGUGGCAGCAAGACGCAAACCUGACAACAAGGUGCGCAAGUUGCCCGAAUCGGUCAGUGGUGGGAAGCCUCAGCACGGACAGUCAUUCCAGCUACCUGAGGUUGAUUUCGACGAGUAUGAGCUUAUCCAAUAG